AUGGCGGCCGCGGAAGUAAUUGGUAGUGCCGAGUUGAAUAAUACAAAUUCAAUGAAAAAUAAUAUAAAACAUAAUAGAAUAUAUGAACAAACUGUGAAUGGGAAAAUAAACUAUUACAAAAAUGGUUAUGUUAAAUCGACGCCAAUUAGCAAUGGCGUAAAUAAUAUGUCAAUGGAUCUCGAUGAGAAAGUGCCAUGGAUGGAUUGGUCGCAGUACGACACCUACUCCGGCUCGUUCGAGAAAUGUUCCAUCCUGACGGCUGCGCUCACCCACGCCGGCAUGUACCUGUUGAUGUUCCUGGGCUUCGUGAACCAGUUAUUAUUCAAACCUAAAGCUGCCACGGAAAGGAAUAGGGAGGGCUACGCGCCGCUGUACAACCCGUUCGAGCAAUUCUACUCGCGCUACGUGUAUCGGCGCGUGCGACACGUCCUGAACCGCCCCAUCUGCUCCACGCCCGGCGCCGAGGUCACGCUCAAGGAGCGCUACACCGACGAUUAUAACUGGACUUUCAAGUUCACUGGCACAGAAAAGAAAUGCAUCAACCUGGGCUCGUACAACUAUCUGGGGUUCGCGGCGCCCACGGGCGAGUGCGCGGAUGCGGCGGAGGCGGCGACGCGGCGCUACGGCCUCGCGCUGGCGUCCUCGUGCGCAGAGCUCGGCUCCACGCCGCUGCACGACGAGCUCGAGCGGACCACCGCCGAGUUCCUGGGGGUUGAGGCGGCAGUGGUGUUCGGCAUGGGGUUCGCGACCAACGCGCUGGGGCUACCGGCGCUGGCGGCGCGCGGCGCGCUCGUGCUUAGCGACGAGAACAACCAUGCGUCGCUCAUCCUCGGUCUGCGCCUGGCCGGUGUCACCGUGCGCGUGUUCCGCCACAACGACCUCGCGCACCUCGAGCGCCUCGCGCGGGACGCCGUCGCGGAGGGCACUUGGACUAAGAUCAUCAUUGUGGUGGAAGGCGUGUACAGCAUGGAAGGGUCGGUGGUGCCGCUGGCGGCGAUGGUAGCGCUGAAGAAGCGGCUGGGCCUGUACCUGUACCUGGACGAGGCGCACUCGGUGGGCGCGAUGGGCGCGCGCGGCCGCGGCGUGGCCGACCACGCCGGCGUGGACCCGCGCGACGUGGACGUGCUCAUGGGCACCUUCACCAAGAGUUUCGGCGCCGCCGGCGGGUAUAUCGCCGGGUCGGCGGAGCUGGUGCGCUGCGUGCGCGCGGCGGGGCACGCGCAUGCGUACGCGCACGCCAUGGCGCCCGCCGUGGCCGCGCAGGUGCUGAGCGCCAUGCGCGCCAUCGCCGCGCCCGCCGGCGCCGAGCGCGUAAGCACGCUGCGCGCGCACUCGCGCCACUUCCGCCGCCGCCUGCGCGCGCUCGGCGUCGUCACCUUCGGCCACGAGGACUCGCCCGUCGUGCCCAUGCUCGUCUACACGUUCAGCAAGAUGGCGGCCACGGUGGAGCGCCUCACCGCGCGCGGCAUCGCCACCGUCGGCGUCGGCUUCCCCGCCACGCCCCUCAAUAAGGCUCGCAUACGGUUCUGCCUGUCCGCGGCGCACACCCGCGAGCAGCUGGACUAUUGCCUGGACGCUAUUGAGGCUGUCGUAGACGAAUUGGGCCUGCGCUACUCGCGCCAGCGC